ACACACACUCUCUCAUUCUCACCGGAAAAAAAAGCGAUGACGAACAGCAAGCGAAAGUCAUCUGCUUCCGCCAAGAACACCGAUCCGGCCUCUUCAUCUGUUUCCGAGAAGAAAGCAAAGAGAGUUAAAGAGGAAACAGAAGAGGAAUUAUCGAACACUGAUGCGGUUGAAUCUCCGGCGGUUAACGGUGACGCUUCGGUUAGAAGUUCUGGCCGGAAACCGGUGAAGAAGGUGGAGGCUGUGGUGAAGGACGAGGAGGAGAGCCGGUUUGUUGGUGAACCGGUUGCUGCGGAUGAAGCUAGACAGAAGUGGCCUCAUCGUUAUUUGGGAAAAAAUAAGACAGUAACAAUUCCUGAAGCCAAAGGGUCUGUGCCUCCAAAAGAGUAUAUACAAGCUAAACGACACUUUACUGAAGCACUCGUUGAUGGUCGUGUGCUUUUCAAACUCGGGGAUGAUGGUUAUGUCCAGGCUGGUGAGGGUGAAGAUUAUUACAUCUGCAGAAUUGUGGAAAUGUUUGAAGGAGUGGACGGAGAACCGUAUUUUUGUGCUCAGUGGUUUUAUAGGGCCAAAGAUACGGUCAUUCAAGCUUGUUCUAACUUCAUCGAUGAUAAGCGCAUUUUUCUUUCUGAAAUAAAGGAUGACAAUCCCCUUGAUUGCCUUAUAGAAAAACUUAAAAUAGUGCGGGUUCCUCUAGAUGUGGAUGUGGCUACCAAGAGGGCCAUGCUUGCAAAUGGAGACUAUUACUAUGACAUGUCAUAUUUGGUACCAUUUUCAACAUACCAAAACUUACCACCUGAUAACGAAGCAGAUGGAAAUGAGUCUGAUUCAACUAUAUCUUCGGAGUCUGAUUCUAAUGUAGCUGUCACUAAGGUAUCCAAAACUAAAGAGAACAAAAAACCUGUGAUGAGGAUGCUCGAUCUCUAUUCAGGAUGUGGUGCUAUGUCUACUGGCCUUUGUUUGGGUGCUAAUAUGGCAGAUGUUAAUCUUGUCACGAGAUGGGCUGUGGAUUUGAAUAAGUAUGCAUGUGAAAGCUUAAAGCUAAAUCAUCCAGAGACAGAGGCAAGAAAUGAGUCAGCAGAAGAUUUUCUGUUGCUGCUAAAGGAGUGGGAGAAGCUCUGCCAGUCCUUUUCGUUAGUUGGAGGCGGUGAUCCUAUUACUGUUGAAAAGAAUGAAACCGAAAAUGCAGAGGAUGAUGAAGAAGAAGAAGAUGAUGACGAUGGCCAGGAUGAGGAAGUAUUUGAAGUGGAAAAAGUUUUGUCUAUUUGUUACGGUGACCCAAAGGAAAUGAAGAAACGUGGGCUCUACCUUAAGAUCCGUUGGAAAAACUAUGGCCCUGAAGAAGAUACUUGGGAGCCUAUAGAUGGGUUGGGUGAUUGCCAAGAUAAAAUAAAGCAGUUUGUCGUAGACGGUUUCAAUUCAAAGAUCUUACCUUUACCUGGAGAUGUGGAUGUCAUCUGUGGUGGCCCCCCUUGUCAGGGAAUAAGCGGAUUCAACCGCUUUAGGAACAAAGAUAAUCCCUUGGACGAUGAAAAAAACAAGCAACUUGUUGUAUACAUGGACAUUGUAGAGUAUUUGAAACCUAGAUUUUGUUUGAUGGAAAAUGUUGUGGAUAUCGUUAAGUUUGCGAAAGGUUUUCUCGGGAGAUAUGCUCUGGGCCGCCUUGUGUCGAUGAAUUAUCAAGCGCGUAUAGGCUUGAUGACAGCUGGCUCUUAUGGACUCCCGCAGUUCCGGAUGCGAAUGUUUAUGUGGGGUGCUAGGCCCAAUGAGAAACUACCACAAUACCCGUUACCCACACAUAAUGUCGUUACACGUGGAGUGUCCCCUGUGGAAUUUGAGUCGAAUACUGUCGUUCAUGAUGAUGUCAAGGGAGCUGUGUUAGAAAAGGAACUGUUCCUUGGUGACGCAAUUUCCGAUCUUCCACCUGUGACAAAUGAUGAAGAACGUGAUGAAAUUCCCUACAAAGAGGCGCCGAAGACCGAAUUUCAGAAGUUUAUAAGUCUCAAAAAGAAAGAUAUGCCUGGAUUUGUCGGCGAAGACUCUUCGGAUCAUCUUUUGUAUGAUCAUCGCCCAUACAAAUUAAACGAAGAUGAUUAUCAGCGCGUCUGCCAAAUUCCCAAGAAAAAGGGUGCAAACUUUAGGGAUUUAAAGGGUGUUCGCGUUCGCGAUGACAACCGUGUUGAAUGGGAUCCUAACGUGGAGAGGGUUUAUUUACCUUCAGGAAAGCCACUGGUUCCUGAUUAUGCUAUGAGUUUUGUUGAGGGGCGGUCAUUGAAACCCUUUGGGCGGCUAUGGUGGGAUGAAAUCGUACCUACUGUCGUCACCAGGGCUGAACCACAUAACCAGGCAAUACUCCACCCGUUGCAAGACCGAGUCUUGACAAUCCGUGAAAAUGCACGGCUUCAAGGGUUCCCCGACUACUAUAAACUUCUUGGCCCCAUCAAAGAAAGAUACAUGCAAGUUGGAAAUGCAGUUGCUGUUCCAGUUGCUCGAGCGUUAGGCUACUCGCUAGCUAUGUCAUGCAAAGGUGCUGCUACCGAAGGACCUGUUUAUACCUUGCCGAAGAAGUUUCCUAAUUUAGAGGCGGUUGCAGUCGAGGAAAAUUAAUUAUAUAAUAACUGGUGAUUAGUUAGAUUUGAGAUAAUUUAUGCUUUGAGCCAUGUUGUAAUGUACGACUGAUUACAUUUUAUCAUUAAUGAAAGCCUUCAUUACUUCUAUAA